CGGAUAUCCUUUUUGAAUCUAUGGUUAUCUCAAUUCAGGAAGUAAAUUACUGCCUUUUCGCCCAUCAUUAAAACUAUGGCUUUAUCUAAAAUGGAUAUUCCCCGCACAGCCCAACAUUUUUUAGAAUGCGGCAUUGAAGAAUGUGAAAGAAACUGUGAGUUCUAUUGCAACCCUUGUCAUAAAAGAUUGUGUAAACAAUGCUGCGAGGAACAUCUGAAAAGUCCAGAAAACAAGAACCAUGAGGUGGUCCUUUACCAGCAACGUAAACGACAACUUCCUGUGGAGAAAUGCAAGAUCCACCCCACAAAAGAUGUGGACAUGUUGUGUGAAGAAUGCAAAAUUCCAGUAUGUUCCAAAUGUGUCACACAAAGAGAACAUCGGGGUCAUAUAUUUACUGAUCUUGAGACAAUUUAUGCAGAAAAAUUUGCAGACUUUCAAAAGGAAAUUCCCAAGAUACAAGACUACUUUCUCCCUACAUCACAAAAUUUUAAGAAAGACAUUAAAAAAGAUUCCUCAGAAGUCAAACACAUCAUGGACAACAUUAGAACAUGCAUGAAGACUGAAGGUGAGACUCUGAAAAGUCUGGUGGACACAGUCAUAUCUGAGAACAUGAAGCAGUUAGACCAGAUAGAGCAAACACUGUUAGAAGAUCUAAACACCCAAGACAAGACAAUAGAUAACUACAUCACAUAUCUUAAUAACCUUGUCAAAGAGCUCCAGAGAUGUCUGUCCCCUACAGAAACCCAGAGAUUAAUGUCUGAGAAGAAACCAAAGAUCCGAUCCAUACCAGAGACAACAAAACCAGUCACACCAGGAUUUACUGCUGGUCAAUUCAGCAAAAGUGAUGUCACCAAAUUACUUGGUAAAAUACAUGUCCCCGACACUAUAGCAGAAAAGAGAGAAAUAAGGCCCAUUGAAAGUGUCUACAAUACAGCAAUGAAACCUACACAUAAACAGAUGAAAGAAGACAGAAAGAAAUCAGACAAGAAACAAACAAUGUCUCCAUCUGCGUCUGUCACCAUGGUCAGGGAGUUAAAGGUACCAGGUGUUAAUAAUGUAUACCAUGUAUCACUAGAUCAAUCAGACAGACUCUGGAUCAGUGAUGAUAUGGGUAAUCUUAUCCAAACAGAUCUACAGGGGAAUGUGAUACAGAAGAUAAAAACCAGUGAUGGACGUGGCUACCACACAGUCACACAGGACAGGGAUCUGAUCUUUACAGACCAAGACAAGAAAGUCAUCAAUAGGAUAACACAGGAUAAUAAUAUCACUGAAUUCAUUAAAACUGGAGACUGGAGUCCACUCAGCAUACACUCCUCCCACAUCAACGGGGACUUACUGGUGGGGAUGUUGAAAUUAACAGAGACUAAGGGAAUUUUUAAAAUGAGGAAAAAUAAAGAGGAAAGUAAAGUCACCAGGUACAACAAGACAGGAAAAGAACUACAGAACAUACAGAGGGAUAACAAAGGACAGGAACUGUAUAGUACAUUACCACACUACAUCACAGAAAACAUAAAUGGAGAUAUCUGUACAUCUGACUACUAUAAAGGAGUAGUGGUGGUGAAUAAAUCAGGACAACACAGGUUCUCCUACACAGGUCAGGGGUCAGGGUUCCUUUCCUAUGGAAUCUGUACUGAUGUCCUUGGUCACAUCCUGGUGUGUGAUGGAUUCUUUAUAAGUAAAACUGUUCACCUCCUUGAUCAGGACGGUCAGUUCUUGUCAUUAUUGCUAACACCACAACAAGGGGUACCCUUUCCGCGCAGUGUGUGUGUGGAUGACGAGAACAAUCUCUAUGUAGGACAAUAUAACACACUGACAGUGUUCAAGUAUCUCCACUGAUGAAUGUGAUUCUUAUUCUGUCUUAAACAUAUUGUAUAUUGUAUCAAACUUACACAAAUCUAAAGCCAUCAAGUAAUUGUGUUUUAUGUUAUCUUUUUAUUACAUCUACUUUAUAUCAGUUCCUGACUUUAAUUGUUACAUGA